ACUAGAUGGACUAGAAAUGGAAAUACCAAUAUCAUUUGUGCUCCAAUAAAUAGUAUUACUGAAACCCUAGGGACUACAUAUGCAAUUAAAUAACCCUUAGGAAAAUUAAAAUAUGAACGCAAAUACAAAUACAAAGAGUUGAUUUUCGCGGUCAUUACCCCCAAAAUAAAAAAAACAAAGUAAAGUUAUUCUUCGUCCCACCCUCUCUCUCUCUCUCUCUCUCUCUCUCUAAACGCUCUCGCUUUCUCGCCAAACAUCUUGCGAUAAUCAUCCUCCAUAGAUUUCGUAUCUGAAGAAUUCUCGAAUGCGUUGAAUUAAAAUUACUUGAAAGGUAAAAGAGGAUAAUGGGGCCGCCAAGAAAAUCUAAAAGUGUUUAUAGACGGUAUACUGAUGAAGUAAGUCCCUGCAAAGAUGGUGAUAGUGCUAAAAGAAGCAAUAACCGGAAAAGAAAGUCGUGUAACAUGCUUGGGCCUCGAUGGACCACAGAAGAGCUAACUCAUUUUUAUGAUGCUUACCGGAAGUAUGGUAAAAAUUGGAAAAAGGUUGCAAAUGCUGUGAGAACUCGAUCUUUGGAAAUGGUGGAUGCCCUUUACAAAAUGAAUAAGGCGUACUUAAAUCUUCCACAUGGAACCGCUUCUUUAGAUGGGCUGAUUGCUAUGAUGACUGAUCAAUACAGCAAUAUGGCUGGAAAUGACAGUGACCAAGAAAACAAUGAGGGAGAAGGAUCGUCUAGAAAGCCUCAGAAGCGUGCUCGGGGCAAAGUUCAGCCUACAACCUCUAAAGCAUCUAACGAUCAAUUUAUUUCACAUUCACAGACUGCCCCAUCAAGUUAUGGUUGUCUGUCACUGUUAAAGAAGAAACGCUCGGAAGGAAGCCGACCUUGUACUGUUGGGAAAAGAACGCCAAGGUUCCCUGUUUCAUUUUCAUAUGAAAAUAUUAAUGGCGAAAAAUAUGUUUCUCCUACCAGACAAGGCUUGAAACUCAAGGCUAAUGCUAAUGAUGAUGAAGUAGCUCACCAAGUAGCCAUAGCUCUGGCAGAGGCAUCGCAAAGAGGUGAUUCUCCCCAGGUUUAUCAAACACCAAUUAGAAGAGCUGAAAGUGUUACGCUGUCACCUUUUAGGCUUGGUAAAGGAAAGCAUUCCCUAGCAGAAAUGGCCAAUACCAAGAUCUUGACUGCUGAUAUGGAUGAAGAAGAUUUAGAAGGAAGCCCAGAGGCUGGUACUGGUGAAUUGUGUAGGGUUAAGUCUUAUAGGACGGAAUCAUUAAGUGUUGUUACAGUAAGAGAAAAGGCGAAAACACUAGAAGCGAAGAAGUUUGAAGUUGAUAAUAAUAGUGAGAAUUAUUUGUAUGACAUCAAGGAAGAAUGUAGUGGAACAGAAGAAGGUCAAAGGUUUGGUGCAACGAGAGGCAAGCUUUAUGACGCCAAGAUAUGUAGGUCUUCUAGGCAGAGUCAGAGAAAGAAGAGCAAAAAGGUUUUCUUGGAAAAAGAUGAAGCUCAUGCCUUCGAUGCACUGCAAACUCUGGCCGAUUUGUCAUUGAUGAUGCCAAUGGAAAAUGAAAUUGAUACGAAGCUUCAGUUUAAAGAAGAAGAUGUCGAUCAUGUUGAUGAGUCGGUGUCACCAGAAGCUCCACCCAUGAUCCUGCAAAAACAAAAACACAAACAUUCAGGGGUAAAAAUGAAAAGGUAUCAGCCAAUAUCAAGUCUUGGAGCUGCUUCCACUAAGACAUCGAAUACUGGAAAGGCUUCAGUUUUUAAUGUUACUUCUGCUCCUGAAGAAGAUCAGGACCCUCAUCAGUCUAUUCUCAAAACAACACGAAAAAAGCAAAAGAUACUGUUGUCAAAGAUUAAAAAAACUGAAGCUCACCCUGAUAUUCAUCUUAGUAAGUCUCCUGGGAUUGAGGCUGGAGACGGAGGGAACAACAACAAGUUAAGGGCAAAGAGUAAAAAAUCUUCACAAAGUAGUACGCCAAAUGUGAUGAAAAGUUCAGAAAAUUCUUCCAGUGCUGAUCUACAAAAGGAAGCGAGUGAAUCAGUCCAAGCAGCUAUACAGGUUCCUGUGGUUAACCAGGAGAACUUGCCUACUAAAGUUAGGAGCAGGCGCAAGAUGCAGCUCAAAAAGCCACAGGUUCUGAAAGAUUUGAACUGUCCUGACAAAAUCUCAAAUGACCAUAGCAGUCCACUAACUGCCAUGCCCCAUGACACAUCAUUUAGUUUAAAGGAAAAACUGUCUAGUUGCUUGUCAAAUCCUUGUCUAAGGAGAUGGUGCACUUAUGAGUGGUUCUACAGUGCCAUAGAUUAUCCUUGGUUUGCAAAGAAGGAGUUCGAUGAAUAUCUGUGUCAUGUUGGAUUGGGUAAUGUCCCAAGAUUAACUCGUGUAGAGUGGGGUGUCAUAAGAAGUUCUCUUGGUAAGCCACGGCGAUUUUCAGAGCAGUUCCUGAAGGAAGAAAAGGAGAAGCUCAGCCAGUAUCGAGAUUCGGUUAGAAAACAUUAUACUGAGCUGCGGAAAGGUGUUCGGGAAGGACUUCCAACCGACCUCGCCAGGCCUUUAUCAGUUGGACAGCGUGUCAUUGCAAUUCAUCCAAAAACAAGGGAGAUUCAUGAUGGUAGUGUGUUAACGGUUGAUCAUUCUAGGUGUCGGGUUCAAUUUGACCGCCAUGACCUAGGAGUUGAAUUUGUGAAGGACAUUGACUGCAUGCCUUUGAAUCCUGUUGAAAAUAUGCCUGCAUUGCUUGGACGACAGACACGAUCCAUUGACAAGUUUCUUGAAAAUUCCAAUGAACUAAAAAUAAAUGGACGAGCACAUGAAGCCAUGAAGCUUUUUCCUGGUGAGAUGGUAGAUGACCCUGAUGGUAUUUCUCAGUUGUCUCCAUCAGCUAACUCUGCAAGCUUGUUGAAGCAGACAAAGGUGGCUUCUGCAAAUGCUCAUGUAUAUAUGAAGAUUGGGUCUGCUGAAACUGCUAGUUACCCACCAACAACAUUUUCUCAGUCUAGUGCGCUAGCUCAGAUUCAGGCAAAGGAAGCAGAUGUUCUAGCUCUUGCUGAGCUGACUCGUGCUCUUGAUAAAAAGGAAGCCGUUAUUCGAGAGUUGAGGCAUAUGAAUGAUGACGUGUUGGAAAAUCAGAAGGAUGAUCACAGCUCUUUGAAGGACUCUGAACCAUUUGAAAAGCAAUAUGCUGCAGUUCUUGUACAAUUGAAAGAAACCAAUGAACAGGUUUCUUCUGCUUUAUGUUGCUUGAGACAAAGGAACACAUAUCAAAGGAAUGUUCCACUUGCAUGGCCUAGGUCAGGCAUCAAAUUUGCUGUUCCUGGUGAAGAAUUUUCUUUUGAUGGUUUUGCGCUUCGAACUUAUGAGUCAGGAUCACAUGCAAAUGAAACCAUUGAUAGUUCGAGAACAAAAUCCCGGCAAAUGGUAGAUGCAGCCAUUCAGGCAAUGUCAUCACUCAAGUGUAGGGAGGACAACACUCUACAGAAAAUUGACGAAGCUGUAGAUUACGUAAAUGACCGGCUUCCCUCUGAUGAUUCAAGCAUCUCUGCUGCACAUAAUCCUAAAUCCACGAGCGCUUUAGAACUUGAAGCACAAAUUCCUUCAGAGCUAAUCUCUAGAUGUGUUGCCACUUUGCUUAUGAUUCAGAAAUGUACAGAACGGCAGUUCCCUCCAUCUGACGUGGCACGAAUACUAGAUUCUGCCGUCACAAGCUUAAAGCCCUGCAGUUCACAAAACCUUCCUGUAUAUACUGAAAUACAGAAGUGCAUGGGUAUCAUUAGGAACCAAAUAAUGGCACUAAUACCUACAUAGAAUCUGACCCACAUUGACUUGUAGAUCUCCCUGGUAAAUAAUUUAGCUUCUCGUUUUUUUUAAUCUUUCUUUCUAAAAUUCUGUUACAUAAGUAAAAAUAGGAGAGGGGGUAGAAUUUGAAGGCUUGACUUAGGCUGUAUUAGCCAAGGCCAAGGACUAAAUCUCCUAGGGAGGAGUGGUAAUUUAACUCGUCUUUAUUCAGUUGGUGUUGAUCGUUUUUCCUCGGCAUUUACAUGUCAAACAGAUUAUUUCUUUUCGAACUUCUUUAUGUCACUUUGUUUAUAUAUAUCCUGUCUAGCAUGAGCUGCUCUACUAGUUUCUGUUUCAGUAAAGAAAUUUGUCAUGUGGUUUUUUUUUUUUGGUUCGUUUGUUGUAAUAACACCCUACGGGGGUGGGGUUUUUAGGCAUUUCAUAAAAAUAAAAUGUGUGAUGCGGUGUUAAUUGUCAUACGAUGUUGGAAUGGAUUCGGAUUGAGACGUUGUACGCACCUUAAAGGCGGUUGCAAGUUGUAACAUAUUUGUUUGAAUCUAUUUCCUCGGCAAACAAAAAGAGGAAAUCGUAGGUUCUUAUGUAAAUGAA